AUGUCUCAAAGUGCACCCUUGAUUCUAAGACUACUAGCGUCUUCUGUAUCAGCUGCUUCGAGAGCUGGUCAAAUAAUUAAAGAUGUUAUGCAUAAAGGAAAUUUGGGAAUUGUUGAAAAGGGCCUAGACAAAAAUGACUUACAAACCGAAGCAGACAGGUCAGCCCAAAAAUGCAUUAUAGGAUCACUAAGCAAAUUAUUUCCCGGUGUAACCAUUAUAGGAGAAGAGGGCCCUCAUAAUGACCAACCAGAAGACAUUCCAUCUGAUUGGAUAGUGACUGAACAAGACAAAGCUGUUUUAGCGAGUGACUGUCCCAACGAAUACUCAAAAAUAAACCCUCAAGAAAUAGUUGUUUGGGUGGACCCACUGGACGGCACUUCAGAAUACGUUGAAGGUCUUCUCGAUCACGUCACCGUGCUAAUAGGAUUGGCGGUAAAAGGAAAAACCGUUGGAGGUGUCGUGCAUCAGCCUUUUUACAAUUAUGAGUUGGAUAAGCAGGGGGUCGGUAGGACCCUUUGGGGUCUCGUCGGUUUGGGUGUAGGGGGUUUCGUUCCUCACCCACCACCGAGUGAUAAAUUUAUUAUUACUACCACCAGGUCGCAUGCAGAUGCGGUGGUUAAUAAAACAUUGGAAGCAUUGAAAGCUGAUGAAAUUAUACGGGUUGGAGGGGCAGGUCAUAAGGUAUUGAUGUUGUUAGAAGGUAAAGCACACGCCUACGUUUUUGCAAGUAAAGGUUGCAAAAAAUGGGAUACGUGCGGACCUGAAGGCGUCCUAAAAGCUUUGGGUGGUACCCUAACCGAUAUCCAUGGAAAUGAGUACAACUAUGCAAAGGACGUAUCGUAUCCAAAUGCCCAAGGAAUAUUUGCCACAUCCAAACACGUCAAUCAUAGUGAGCUUAUAUCUAAAAUUCCAAAGGAAUUAAAAGACAGAUUUCCGUAUUAG